UCCCGCGAGUCUGAAGGAGAAAGAUGGGUAGGUGCAAAGUGGUUAAUGUUACUUUUUCCGACUCGCGCAUCAUUGCCGUCCUACUUUUCUCCCUCUCUGAUUCGCCUUGCGGGUGCAGCAGCCCUGACACAAUUGAGGCAGCGAGCAAUUAAUUUCUGGUGAAGCCCGGGGACCCUGGGGUCCUUGUCCUCACUUGCCUUGCCUGCUUUACUGCAGGAGGUGACCCCGCUGGGGACGUGAAGGAAUAAAUACUCAGCUCCGGGCAGUGUUGCCGUCAUGGGGAAGGACUAUUACAAGAUUUUGGGCAUCCAGUCUGGAGCCAACGAGGAUGAAAUCAAGAAAGCGUAUCGGAAAAUGGCCCUAAAGUACCACCCUGAUAAGAACAAAGACCCCAACGCUGAGGAGAAGUUCAAGGAGAUUGCAGAGGCCUACGAUGUGCUGAGUGACCCCAAGAAACGAGCCGUGUAUGACCAAUAUGGGGAAGAAGGUCUCAAAACAGGAGGUGGCUCCUCAGGUGGCUCAGGGAACACUUUCCACUACACCUUCCAUGGAGACCCCCACGCCACCUUCGCAUCCUUCUUUGGAGGCUCCAACCCUUUCGAUAUCUUCUUCGCUAGUAGCCGCUCCCGAAUGUUCAACGGCUUUGACCAGGAAGAUAUGGACAUUGAUGACGACGAUGACCCUUUCGGUGCCUUUGGCCGGUUUGGUUUCAAUGGCAUUAAUGGGGUUCACCGGCGACACCAGGAAUCCCUGCACACACGAAGGAAGGUCCAAGACCCACCCGUCAUCCAUGAGCUCAAGGUGUCCCUGGAAGAGAUCUACCAUGGCUCCACCAAGAGGAUGAAGAUCACCCGCAGGAGGCUCAACGCCGAUGGCCGGACCAUGCGGACAGAGGAUAAGAUCCUAAACAUUGUCAUCAAAAGGGGGUGGAAGGAGGGAACAAAAAUCACGUUCCCCAAAGAAGGGGAUGCCACCCCGGACAACAUCCCUGCUGACAUCGUCUUCAUCCUCAAGGACAAGCCUCACUCACACUUCAAGAGAGAUGGGACGAACGUGGUCUACACUGCAAACAUCAGUCUUAAAGAGGUGGGUAUCAGUGGGAAAUCCUGUGGGGUGGGUGGUGGCACUGGGUCAUUGCACAUGGGGCCAAGAUGGGGCCAGACCUUUCACCAUCCUGGACCUGGUGCCUCCUAG